AUGGCUUCCGCGCCGUUACCUAUAAAAUUUCAAGAGCAUUUGCAGCUAAUUAGCAUAGGAAUCCAGCCAAGUAGCAUCGGCUUCAAUACUCUCACUAUGGAAUCUGACAAGUUUAUUUGUGUCCGUGAAAAAACUGGAGAAACUUCUCAUGUCGUGAUAAUUGAUUUAGCGGACCCAACCAAUCCUACUCGACGUCCCAUAGUUGCAGACUCAAUAAUAAUGAAUCCUGUUAGCAAAGUGAUGGCACUGAAAGCCGCUAGAACUCUCCAAAUUUUUAAUAUAGAACUGAAAAGCAAAAUGAAGACUUUUAAUAUGACAGAAGAUGUAACCUUGUGGAAAUGGACUUCCGUAAACACUAUUGCCCUUGUUACUCCCACGGCUGUAUACCAUUGGUCGAUGGAAGGCGAUUCCAAUCCUGUUAAGAUGUUCGACCGUCAUUCUUCCUUAAACGGUUACCAGAUCAUCAAUUACAGAACCGAUGCUAGCCAAAAGUGGCUUCUUCUUAUCGGUAUAUGUGCUCAGGAUAAUCGUGUUGCAGGUUCUAUGCAGCUUUACAGUGUUGAUCGCAAGGUCAGUCAACCUGUAGAGGGCCAUGCGGCAGCUUUUGCUCAAUACAAAGCCGAGGGGGCUCAAGCCCAUGCUACACUCUUCUGCUUUGCUGCAAAAGUUGCUAACUCCUGUAAAUUGCAUAUUAUUGAAGUUGGGACUCCUCCACCUGGGAAUCAGCCAUUUCAGAAGAAGGCAAUUGAUGUAUUUUUUCCUCCAGAGGCUCAGAAUGACUUUCCUGUGGCAAUGCAGACAUCACCAAAAUAUGAUAUUAUAUUCUUAAUAACAAAAAACGGUUAUAUGCACUUGUAUGAUAUUGAAUCCGGUACGUGUAUUUACAUGAACCGCAUAAGUAGCGAAACCAUAUUCGUUACGGCGCCAUAUGAGCCUACUCAUGGAAUAAUUGGCGUAUUAUCCGUCAGUCUAGAUGAGGACAACGCAGUUAGUUAUGUUACAAAUCAGCUAAAUAACCCUCAACUCGCAUUACGUUUGGCUUCCAGAUGUAAUUUGCCUGGUGCUGAAGAUCUUUUUGUGCGCAAGUUCGAUACUCUUUUUCAGGGUGGCCAAUAUGGCGAAGCGGCUAAAGUUGCUGCCGCGGCCCCUAAAGGGAUUUUAAGGACUCCACAGACAAUUCAGCGCUUUCAACAAGUGGCAGCUGCGCCUGGCCAGAGUUCUCCUCUUCUUCAAUAUUUUGGCAUACUUUUAGACCAAGGGCAGCUAAAUAAAUAUGAAAGUCUCGAGCUUUGUCGUCCAGUCUUGCAACAAGGGCGAAAGCAACUUCUCGAAAAGUGGCUUAAGGAAGAUAAAUUAGAAUGUUCUGAAGAAUUAGGUGACAUAGUGAAACAGGUCGACCCAACUUUGGCCUUAUCCGUAUAUUUGAGAGCUAAUGUUCCUCCAAAAGUCAUCCAAUGUUUUGCCGAAACCGGCCAAUUCCAGAAGAUUAUCUUAUAUGCCAAAAAAGUUGGUUUCACUCCCGAUUACAUCUUUUUGCUACGGAAUUUGACAAGGAUUAAUCCAGACCAAGGUCUACAGUUUGCCCAAAUGCUUGUGCAGGACACUGAACCCCUUGCAGAUCUUGAGCAAGUAGCCAAUGUUUUUAUGGAACAAGGUCUUGUGCAGCAAUGUACUUCGUUCCUUCUCGAUGCUUUGAAAAAUAAUAGACCAUCAGAGGGUCAUUUACAAACGCGACUUCUAGAAAUGAAUCUUAUGUCUGCACCCCAAGUCGCAGAUGCAAUUUUGGGUAAUCAGAUGUUCACUCAUUACGACCGAGCUGCGGUUGCCCAACUUUGCGAGAAAGCUGGUCUACUACAACGGGCAUUGGAGCACUACACUGACCUUUAUGACAUAAAACGGGCUGUUGUUAAUACACAUCUACUAAACCCCGAGUGGUUAGUCAAGUAUUUUGGCUCCCUUUCCAUCGAUGAUUCCAUCGAAUGUCUUCGAGCUAUGCUUCAGACUAACAUUCGUCAGAACCUUCAGGUCUGUGUCCAAAUCGCAACUAAGUAUCACGAACAGCUAGGCACUUCGGCCCUAAUCGAUUUAUUUGAAUCCUUCAAAUCAUUUGAAGGUUUAUUUUACUUCCUCGGUUCAAUUGUUAACUAUAGCCAAGACCCAGAAGUUCAUUUCAAAUACAUCCAGGCUGCCUGCAAGACUGGGCAGGUCAAAGAAGUAGAACGCAUUUGUCGAGAAAGCAAUUGCUACGAGCCCGAGCGUGUCAAAAACUUUUUAAAGGCAAGUCUAGUUCAUAUCAGAUGA